AAGAGAUAUGUCAUAGAUGGAACUAAAACAGGAUUCUAAAAGGAGCAUUGCUUCACAGGAAGCUUCAGCCACCUGGUGAGCAGAGGAAUAAGGGAGCUUAUCUUGGUGAAAUGGAAGACCAUGUUACUUCAUGUCUCUGGCUGGGUUGAUUCACCUUGCUCUGGAAAUACAGAGUCUGCUCUACUCUCCCCCUUGCAUUGCCUUCACAUAUCACUUCAAGGAAUAGUGACUAGGCUUAAAAAUUCCACGGAUAAUCCAAAUAAAUCUGUUCAAUUUGGCAUCUAUCAACAGGUUAUUUGAAUUUCAAAUAGAGGAGCAGACAUGCCACCCCCAGCAGGUGCCCCACUGCAUCCACCUCCUGAUGGAGGAUGGGGCUGGGUAGUGGUUGGAGCAUCUUUUAUCUCCAUUGGAUUUUCAUAUGCGUUCCCCAAAGCAGUCACGGUGUUCUUCAAAGAAAUUCAGCAAAUAUUCAACACUACCUACAGUGAGAUCGCCUGGAUAUCAUCCAUUAUGCUGGCUGUUAUGUAUGCAGGAGGUCCCAUAAGUAGUGUUCUGGUGAAUAAAUAUGGUAGCCGACCAGUAGUGAUGAUAGGAGGUUUAUUAUGCUGCUUGGGAAUGGUCACAGCCUCUUUUAGUACCAGCGUAAUAGAGCUCUACCUCACUGUGGGAUUCAUUACCGGUUUAGGUUUAGCGUUCAACCUGCAACCUGCCCUAACAAUCAUUGGCAAAUACUUCUACAAGAAACGACCCAUGGCUAAUGGCCUCGCCAUGGCAGGAAGUCCUGUUUUCUUAAGCACAUUGGCUCCUUUCAAUCAGUACCUUUUUAAUACUUUUGGUUGGAAAGGAAGCUUUUUGAUUUUAGGAGGCUUAUUGUUGAAUGCUUGUGUGGCUGGAUCCCUCAUGAGACCUGUUGAACCCAAACAAGCUACGAAGAAGUCUAAAAAUAAGAUUGGCAUAAAAGAGAAUGACCCAGAUGUGAAGAAAAGCCAUAGGAAGAAAUCAAGAUGGGAAAGAGUUAAUAAGUAUUUAGAUUUCUCCCUUUUUAAGCAUAGGGGAUUUCUGAUAUACUUAUCUGGAAAUGUCAUUAUGUUUCUAGGGUUUUUUGCCCCCAUUAUAUUCUUGGCUCCGUAUGCCAAAGACAAGGGAAUUGAUGAGUAUUCUGCAGCUUUCUUGCUGUCUAUUAUGGCUUUUGUUGAUAUGUUUGCUAGACCUUGUGGAGGAAUCGUUGCAAACUCCAAAUUUAUCCGACCCCGAAUCCAGUACUUCUUCAGUUUUGCAGUCAUGUUCAAUGGAGUGUGUCAUCUCCUGUGCCCGUUGGCAGACGACUACACAAGCCUGGUGUUGUAUGCUGUGUUUUUUGGUCUCGGAUUUGGGAGUGUUAGCAGUGUCCUCUUUGAGACGCUCAUGGACCUGGUUGGCCCUCAGAGGUUUUCCAGUGCUGUGGGACUCGUCACAGUGGUGGAGUGUUGCCCUGUUCUUCUUGGCCCUCCUCUUGCUGGUAAAUUGGUGGAUCAAACUGGACAAUAUAAAUACAUGUAUAUGGCCUGUGGAGCUAUUGUGUUCCUAUCAAGUGUGUGGCUACUUAUCGGCAAUGCUAUAAACUACAGAUUGCUUGCAAAGGAAAAGAAGCUGGGAGAAGCAAGGAAGAAGAAAAUGAGUUCGCCUGAGUCCAAAGAAUCUGAACCUUUGAACAAAUCUAAACAUCAUGAUGUCAGCAUCAAAAGUACAAGAACAGAGAAUAAUCCCUCAGAAAGAGAAACUAAUAUUUAAUAAGAAUCACAUCUCUGAUUUCAAUGUUUAUGACUUUCUUAGGAGUAUUUUUUUUUCAAAAUAUUGGAAAGGUUUUUACUUGAAAUGAAAAGUCAUAAUUAAGGAUGGAAGUGAGAUUUUCCUCAAUGGCAAAUUUUUAUAAGUUUAUUUUUUAAAACUUGUUUGGGUAGUUAAAAUUUGAGGUUAUGCCUAUAAAGAAUCCAUGCAAUGGGUUUAUUUCCAUACGUGACUCUGGUUGUGGUGGUUAGAGUAAUUGUAGAGUCUUCCAAUGACUUCUGGUCUUGGUUAUAGAGAUCUGAAUCCCAAAUCCCUGGUUUAAAUAGCGAGAAGGAAUAUGUUUAAUCAAAUAAGAAUACCCUGUCUAGAUUUUAGUUUUCAGUGUUAGAUGGAAUUGAAGGAAAAUGAAUUUUCUUCUAAUGUGCACAUGCACACACACACACUCACCUGUAUUUACACACAUGCACACAGAGUAUCUAGAGGACAAAAGACAAAUAGGUUCAGAAAGAAUAUUAUCACUAUACUUUUUUUUUAACUUUAAAAACAAAUCCGUGGAGAGUGAAGAAAUGUAUUAGGUCUGCAUACUACUUUGUAGUGUAGAUUUUAAAUAUAAGAACAUGGGUGAAAUGAAGAUGAUCUUAAUUUGAAAACGCAACUAACUGCUGUAAGAAAAUAAAAGUAUUUGCAUAUAUAAAAUAAAUUUGAAAAAAAAAACCAACCCUCCAUUUUAAACCAUUAUUUCUGAGUACUGUUAAAUUUGAUGAAUCCAUGCAUGUAGUUUCUUUGAGGAUGGCCAUUAGUACUUGGUGCUAGAGAAUAGAACCCUCAAACAAUUUUCAGAAUUCUUACUUAAUAUAUAAAUCAAAUUAAAAGCCUAAAUGAUUCUUAGCAAUGAGCUACGUUCAUUAAUUUUAAAAGGAUUUUAGUUGCUAAGCCAGAAAGUAAUAAGGGAUUUCUUUUAAUCAGAACUCAAUCCAGACUCCCUGUCAUAGACUUCAAAAUGGAAUCUACCAGCAACCUGGUUGACAGACUGACAAAUAGGCCAAAUUCUAAUUUUUCCCAAUCAUGUAGCAGUGAUCAGAGAGUUACUGUUAUGAGUGACCCAUCUGAAUAAAGCUGACUAAGAGUGAGAGGUGCUUCUACUGAGGCCUCCAAGUUCUCCCAUUUUUAUCCCCUCGCCAAAAUGCAAAAGCGAAACAGAGAAACCCCAAUGGGCCUUUCACUCCACCACUGAGAUUCCUCACGUUGUGGGAAUGGCAGCUCUUCAAAAUCUCACCUACUCCCAGUCAGACUUCCUGCUGCCAGUGAACAUGACUAGGAGACUGUUAAAGGUUUCUAGAACUGGAAGCUGUAUGUUAGUUGGCAUAUACUUGUGAAGGGUAGGCAUAGUUUGUCAUACGAUAGUAAGAAGCUUGCAGCAUUACGGGCUGGGUUAAUAUAGCGGUUUCUCAUUUUCAUAGCGAUGUUAAAACAUCUGAGAAUCUGAAUCACCCUUGAGUAUGGAAGUAUAUGACAGUUACUGUGCGCUCAGAACUAUAAAUACAAUUUAGAGUAAUAAAGUACUUCUAAACAAGGAAGAAUUUGUGCCUUAUGGCUAAUGCGAUAAGUAUUUAUAUUAAUAAAUCUAAAGUUUAAGCAUAUGAUUAAUGAAAAACAUUUAGUGCUUGAUUAUUGAAGCGACGUUACAAAAUGAAUUUGCCGUUCUUUUUUUUUUUAAUUGCUGUAGAGGCAGGUGCUAUUCUUGUUUCUUAUAAGAGUGCACCUGGACACCAAGCUUUUGUGAUAUUUAAUGUUAGGGAUUUGAUUUGUAAAAUUUAUGCACUGGUUAAGCAUGGGGCUCAUAUUUAGGAAGCUAUAGAAAAUUCCACAUCUCAUUUAUCUUUUUUGCAGAUGAAGAGGUAUUUGUAUUUUUUAAAUAUUAAAUAAAACAACUUGUGCCAAUACGAUAGGUAGAUAAAUCAGGCAAAAUGUGGCAGUGUUUGGCUGUCUUUAAUUUAGUUUUGCCCAGUCUUGAGUCUUGAAUGAGCUGUUUUCAUUUUAUUAGUGCUUUUGUAUUCAACUCUGAUUCAUCGUAAGAAAUGCAACAUGAUAAAUUGUGUAGUGGCUGUCCAGUAUUAAAGAUUUCCAAAAACUGUCUUCAGAUUCUCUGAGGAUACCUAUUUAAAUUAAUACAGAUAUAAUAUCCCAGGGGGAAUAAACAGCAAAGUAUUGAUAGUGGGGUUUUGUGCCUAAGGCUUUAUAGUCCUUUUUGUCACUUGCUGGUACAGACAAGCUGGUGGGUGCAUUCCAGUGCCUUCCUCCAUGGAAGGGGGUUUAUUCACUUAUUGAUGAGGUUUUUGUCAGGUCAAAACCGAUUCAAAUUUGUUGUGUUGGUCUUUGGUCAUCCUCAUUAAAUUUUCAUUCCUAACAUUGUAUAUUAGAUUGUUAAAAAAGAAAGGGAAGUAAAAUUGCACAAAGCACGUGAUAGGUAUGUAGCCAUACCCAGCAGUAGCAUUACACAACGUUACAAAAUGUGCAAAUAUUAAUUCCCAUACGUACAUGUUGGAAAUUAGAUCAGAACACACCUGAAACACUGACACAGACUCACGUACAGGAUUGAGAAUUGUUCUGGGGUAAAGUAAUCUUCUAGUCAUUCGCUCUCCACUCUCUUGAACUUGUUAGAAUACCUGUUGCUUUAAGAGAAUCUUUGGAGACUGAGCAGAAGGUACCAACCUAGAAAUUCACAUAGUUGCGUAACUAGAGGAAGCAGUAUAGUUGGCCUCUGAGUCUGCAGCAAUUAGCAUAUUUCUUCCCCUAGGGAAUGAUGGGUUUUAGAUGUUCAAGGUGUCAUGAAGCAAAUUCAGAAUAUACACCAUUAAAUUUCCUUUUAGUGUCAUUCUGUCACUGAGGAAUUGUGCAGAAGGGAGGUUAUAAACCAAGGUACCAAAAUAAUUCAUGAUCACUGGAUACUUUUAGGUAUUUUUCUACUUGUGAUAACUGAGCAGCCCAUGUCUUUCACAAUUUAACCUUAAAUAUGCCUUCACUAAUUUAUGAAUCGAAUAUUGGGUUUAGGCUUGUCCUGACCUAUCCCUACUCUUUUUCCCUUUCUGGGUCAGUAUCUAGUGUAUUUCACAUUGGAAGACCUGAUGUUUUCUCAAUGUAAAUUCACAAGGCUCAUGAGUUUCAUUUAUUUAGUAUCAAGUUCCAACCACCCUAUCUCAUGACCCAUCCCCUGAAACUAGAAAAUAAAUAAAAUAAUUGUCUGAUAUAUUUAAAUGUGCACUUUCAAAAUCUAGGCACGUUUUUUCACUCCUCCUUCUGUGGCUGUACAUGACAAUUGAGGAUACAGGAAAAAGACUUCAAGAUACAUGAUACAAAUGUAAGUUUUUAUAUUGAUGUCAUAAAACGUAGAGAUAUCCCUAAUCACUUAAUUCAAAAUAAUUUUCCAUCCAAAAGGACCUUUUAAAAAAAGGCCCUCUCAAAUGUAUAAUAUUGCACACUUUUAAUAAAACAAUUAAAAAUCAUGAUCAUUAGGAUG